UGCUGUAGUUUUGCAUGACUACGUUAGGCCGUGAAGAACUGGAGCCACUUUGUCAUCCAAUAGGAAGUAAACCAUCAAAACCGGUUGGUGUCAAGUUCGUUGGCAGAAGUUAAUGUUUAGCGAAGCAGCGCCCAGGCCUCGGCUCGGUUCAACCUCGCUCUCGCGACAAACCCUUGCUGGAGGCCGUGUCACCUGGUGCGCUCGUCUCUGCGUUCGUGCCGAACGCGUAUCUGUUGUUUCGCCGCGUUUUUCCUGCGUAUUUUCGCCCCUCCCUUCCCGUCCCCUUUUUUCUCCCGUCCUUUUCCUCUUACCUUUUACUACAUUCCACCGGUGUGACUCGAUGCAAAGGGCCUCGCUGUGGUCGUGGUUUCCAUAGCAACCGUCAAAGCACCUACCCGCUCGGUCGGUCCCCCAACUCGCUUCGGGGACCAGGCCUCUGGUGCCUCGCCCCUGCAACUCCUCGCCGGUAGUCGCAGAGCGCAAACAUCAAUUGUGACUCGUUCGCAGACGUUUUCCCGCGCUACGAUACCGCUACAUGUAUUUGCUUCGAGUUGUGAUUGGUUUACUGGCCAGAUUGCCUUUUUCGUUUUUGACUGGUCAGAGUUUUAGACCCGGGCAUAUGCAGCAUUGCAUGAAUCCCGUGGGAUAUCCCGCAGACAACCCGAUUUUCGUUCCCAGAUCUCCUGCGGGCGAAGACAAGAUGGCGAAGAACAAUUCUGGCAUGGACCACGGCAAAGAAAUGCCUUAAUCUGUUGGAAAUCGGUUUAACUGUGGCGACUUCAUUGUUACUAUGCUACGUCGAGGAGUGAUGGCAACUUUAGAAACGUUGAAAUUUGACAACUUAGCUCUUCGCUCUCUUCCAAUUGACAAGGAAACUCAAAAUGUAAUUAGGCAGGUGGAAGGUGCGUGCUUCACUCUUGUUGAUCCGACACCGGUUAGAAAUCCUACCUUGGUAAGUUACUCAGCUAACGCCUUGUCCCUCCUGGAUUUGCCGCAAUCGGAAGUGACUAGACCGGAGUUUGUCCAGUACAUGAGUGGAAACAAACUGCUUGGAGGAAGCCAGACAGCAGCUCAUUGUUACUGCGGUCAUCAACAGGGGUAUUUUUCCGGUCAGCUUGGUGAUGGCGCUGCGAUGUAUCUUGGGGAAGUGUUAAAUUCCAAAGGCGAUCGGUGGGAAAUUCAGUUAAAAGGAACAGGUCUGACUCCCUUCUCCAACCACAGGGAUGGACGGAAAGUCUUGAGGUCCUCCAUUCGAGAAUUCUUGUGUAGUGAGGCCAUGUAUCAUCUGGGAGUACCAACCACUAGAGCUGGCUGUUGUGUUACUUCAGAUACAUUUGUUGAAAGAGAUAAAGAUUACAAUGGGUCUGCUGCAAAGGAAAGGGCCUCUCUAGUGUUACGAAUUGCUCCAACAUUCCUAAGGUUUGGUUCUUUUGAGAUUUUUAAACCUGCUGACCCCUUGACUGGUUAUAAGGGCCCAAGUUCUUGCCGAGUUGAUAUUCUUCAUCAGCUGCUUGGUUACACCAUCAAAAACUUCUAUCCUCAAGUAUGUGUACCAUUGAAUAAAUACAGUCAUCUUUUCAGAUAUUUUGACAUGUGGUAUAUUUCACAAUUAUUUCACAAGUGCAUGUUGGAUCAAACCAACUGCUUUCUCGUUAGCUUCGUUUUAAGGAACUACAUCGCUCAGAGAGCUAUACAGGCAGCAGAAAAAGGAGACUUCUCUGUGGUGCAAAGUAUUCUAAAACGUUUGGAAACACCAUACAGUGACGAUAUGGAAGAUGAAGAAGCCAGUUUCUCUCAAACAACAACUGCCGAACCCUCACCAUCCUUACCAGAUCACAGAGAAAGAACUCUUUUUAAAGUCUACGACAAACACGAAAAUUUUCUUGACAAACCACCGGAGGACGUGCUCAAUAUGCAGCUUUCAUGAUCCUCGUAAAUUGUCGGUUUUGCCCUUAGCAAGUUUGGAAAGUAACGUGUGUUCAGUGUUCUUCUUCUCUGGAUCCAGAAUCCGGCAGUCUUGCAUUCAACUCGGCGGCUUCCGAGUUAUGAAUCUUUCGUGUUUUGGUGUUUUGUUAGCUUCGCGGAUUAGACGUAGACGUAAAGUGGUCAAAAAUCUAACUCACAACAAACAAAUUAGUUAAGGCGGGCUAGACGGACAAAUACUGAUUAUUUUAUUUUUGAAAGGCCAUUUGUUGCUUGAGCUAAUGACGGUACUAACAGAAACCAUAUAAUUGGUAGUUUGUACCCGAUGUGAAGGGUUUGGAAUAUAAUAACUUCAUGAGCUGUAGUUUUAUAUACUGUAAUAUUGUAUAACAUUCCAUUAGAAUAAUCAAAAUCAAAUUUUUCAAUUAAAUAUUCACCAUUGCAGUGGAACCUCGCCACUGACCCAAC